GUUUAAAUCGCGCUUACUCGACACACCACACUACGGCGACUCCACAAGAAUAAGAUGGAUAAUUCCGCUUACGUACCCAGUUCUGGGCACCUCAAUUCACCGGCUCUGGUGGUUUUUUCACAGGCUGCUGGGGGCCUGCAAGACGCCCUGCGUAUACAACGUCCCUUUAACCCACAGUUCGCGAUGUCUGAAGCUUCGAAAGAGCUUCACCGUCCGUUUACGGCGUCGAGCUUCGGCUUGAGGCACAUGGAAGCUUACAGCGGCAUUCCGGCGCACAUUUUGAACCACCUUCAGCCUCAAUUUCUGCAUCCGGGCUUGUCGUUGGGUUCUGGGGCUUUUCGUCCUUUGGCCGACUUGAAGUCCUUUCCCUCGCCGUCGGCGUUCACUUCGCCGAAAUGCCUGAAAAUCGAGACCAACAGCGACGUGCACUCUAGUCAUAGCCACGGCAUUUUCUCGCCUUCGGAAGAGAGGAUUCUGGGCCCGAGCCCCAGGACGGACUCCUGCUCGCCCGCUAGUGCUUCGAUGUCGCCGCAGCCUCAAACGGCGGUCAAAGAGGAGAGCUUGGACGCCCAAAUGUCCGAAGAUGGGGAACAUGGGGGUCCCGCUACCGACACGGACUCGCCGGGCAUCCAGGACGAUCACAGGGGAUUCAGAAGAUUUCACGAAGACAGUAGAAAUUUUUUGAUAGGUCCAUUGUUUGGUGGCGGCUUCAACAAUUCCGGCUACACAUUUUCGGUGCCAGGGCUGCCUCCAGCCGCCCACGCUCUGGCGAAAUCCAGCUUUCUUUUCGAUCACGAUCUUGUGAUGAGCAAGAAGAAACGCGACCCAUCCAGUUGCCCGGUUUGCGGGCUGACCAUAUCGCCGGGAGACCUGGAGACUCACUUCAUGCACGAGCUGGAGAGACUGUACAAACUGUCGGGCACCGGUGUGGCGUCUACAAGAAAACGCCGGCCGGAGCCGGGCAGACCGCCGGCUUUGCCGGGCGACAGCGGUCCCGAGGGACGAUGGGAGACGUUCCAGAGGAUCAAAACCAACCGGCAGGGGCGGUUGAGGUUGAAAAUCCGGAAAAGGAAAGGCGACGAGAACUGCGUCAUUUGCACCGGAAGGCCGCACAGAACGCAGGAGGAGUUGAAUUUGCACGUGGAGCAGUGCACGCGGAAGAUGCAGCAAGAUGAAGACGAAACCGUCGAUGUCGAAGGCGAUUCGGAGUUGGAGGAGUGGUCCGAGGUGCAACGCCGAAGGACUUCCUCCUUGGUGUCCGGCCCGACCGGAACGCCGAGUAGCACCGGACGCAACACCGAGAUUGACAAUGAGGCCGACGAUGUCAUUGUGGACGGGGACGAUCCCGAGGAGAGCAGUUUCGGGCCUUCUCAGUACACGGAAAACGACGUGGUGGUCAAGGAAGUUAAGGACAAAGACCAAGCGCAAUCGCAAUCGCAAGUGGCCACGGUUAACUCCAGCGGCGACGUCGAGGUUAAGGUGGAAACUGGCGGACAGCAAUGCGACAGUAACGUGAGCACGUCGGACGCUGGAUCCAGCAGUAGAAUCCAAUUGAUCGAAGAACUGAGAAAUAGAAUUCGGCAGUUAGAAGGGGAGGCAGGGACGGAGACGACGGCAACUAGCACCGACGCCGCAUCCGACGAUUAUAAAUGUUUAAUUUGCCUGGAACAUUACAAGAAACCAGUGAUUUCUACAGUUUGCUGGCACGUGCACUGCGAAGAAUGCUGGCUACACACACUUUUGCCUUUAGUUUUUAUGAAAAUGAGGGUUUUUACGAGUAGUUUUGUGUUCUUAACGGUGCUUUCCGCUUUCUUAAAUGUACAGUGUACUGAAUUUGUUCCUGUCUACAGCUGGGGUAAUUUUAAGUCUCAGGAAAAAGUUCCUGCCCUUCCAAAAAUAAGCCAGGAUUCCUUUAAAGACUCGUUGUUAGAAGAGCUAAAGAAUGAUUUAUACUUGGUGGUAUUUGCAGAACAAACUUUAAGUCCUGAAGAUUUCGUCCAAAAAAAUUCAGAUGGUGAAAUUGCGUUCCCCAAAUUAUCCGCUUUAAAACAAACUUCCACUGUCGAGUACAAACCUGCAGUGCAAAACCCAAUAAAAGCCUUCAAGCACCUUAACAAGGAUGUUGAGGAGAUUUCCAUUGAUUCCUUAAAAACCAAAUUUAACAUUCCAAAAACCAACAUAUUGAUUGUGGAUUUGAAUGAUGCCGGAGAUGAUGAGCCCAGGUUUGACUUGUUAAAUCGCCAUGAUGAACUUAUUAACAAAAUCUACAAUCAAAUCAAAGCUGAAUACAGCAAUGUUAUGGCCAUUUACACUGCCCACCACACAUCUUGGGUUUCCUCUGAGGAUGAAGACAGUUCAAGGCAUCGCAGAGAUGUGGCAAAUGCUACAGAAGAUCCUAUUGUAGAGUUAAAAGAUGGAUAUCUGUAUUCAACAAAUGCAACUGUUAAUUAUGUAAAUUCAACCCUUACAUGGACUAGUACAGUUAAUGAAACUGGUGAUGUAAAAACGUUUACAGUCACCGGUACAGCCACUGAAGGGGCAGUUACGUUAAUCUUUGAAAUCACGCCUAUGGGAUACAUGGAGUUGGUUAAAGCUACAUUGAGAAAUGUUAAAACUUCUAAGGAUGAAGUGGUCAAUGGAAUAUCAUAUAUACACGCUCCGGUUGGAUUUUCCUACCAUUGCGCCAACCAAACGUUCAGAACUAAAGGUGUGUCGAUGAGCAUUCUCGAUUUCCAAAUCCAAUUGUUCAUGAACAUGACCGGAAACAGCACCGAUAAGGAUACAUUUAGAUUCGGCGAUGCGUACGACUGCGUGGGAUUCACAUCGGCCCCAAUUUGGUCCGGGUUGUUCGUCACUUUCAUCUUGUUGUUCAUCAUGACCCUCGGUUUGACCAUGAUGAUGGACAUCAAGACCAUGGACCGUUUCGACGAUGCCAAGGGCAAGACGAUCACAAUAAACGCGGAAGGUUAAGGGAAGCCGCUUCAGGUGUUUUACACCUAGCCUUUAAUAAUAUAGCUCAGUAUUGCGUAACCCCCGUCAGAACUACACUUUUCCAGAUGAUGUGGCUCAUGUGAUAUAUCUAUAUUCGUCGUCUUUAGUCUGAUGUCUGGUUUGGGGUAGCAUUCAAUUUAGGCCUAACUAUGUCACACUAUGCUCUACACACACAGUAAUAUCAGUCAAUAUAAAGUCCUUUCCUACUUUUGUAGAAACAAACUCUUCACUUUACCGUCAACGAAUCAUGUGCAUUGCAUAGUGCGACACCUAUAUAUACACAUACAAUUUAUAAUAUAUAUGACAAUAGUAUUUUUAUUAUAUUUUGGACAUUGUUCAAUAAUAAAAACAAUUAGGGUAUUUACUUUGGCCUAUUGGAUAAGUGUUAGCACGAUUUUGCAAUUUUGUAGAAUUAUUGUUAAAUUUAUUUGUAAAUAUAAAUACUAUUCCCCUGUUAAUGUAUAGUGUUGUUAUAUUUUUAAAGUGUCCUUAUUUUAUUUUGGUUCGAAAAAUUAAAACUCCCUUUUAAAUAGUUUUAGAAAAAUGUAAAAAUGGUUAUGGGUAAUUUUAUUUGUAAAUAAUUUUCAUAGGAAUCAUUUGUUCAUAAUUAUUUGCCAAAAACAGUGUAGAGAAUGUCAUCAAAUAAAUUAUACACC